CCCUUAGAAACGUGCCUCUGCCCGAGUGUGGCGUAGUCCGGGUCCACCGAUCGGCCCGUGGGUCUGUAGCUUGCUCGCUCGCUCGCUGGGCCGCCGGCGGUCCGGCAACGCAGGCCGGGGCAGGCCAUGAAGCUGACCCGGAAAAUGGUGCUGUCCCGGGCCAAGGCCUCGGAGCUGGAGAGCGUCAGGAAGCUAAACUGCUGGGGCAGCCGCCUUACCGACAUUUCCAUCUGUCGAAACUUGCCGAGCAUCGAAGUGAUCACACUCAGUGUCAACAGCAUCUCUAGCCUGGAGCCCGUGAGCCGCUGCCUGAACCUGAGCGAGCUCUACCUGCGUAAGAACAGCAUCUCCAGCCUGGGCCAGCUCUUCUACCUGAAGGACCUGCCGCGCCUGAAGGUCCUGUGGCUGGCGGAAAACCCCUGCUGCAGCCCCGACCCGCGGCAUUACCGCAUGACCGUGCUCCGCAAUCUGCCCGGCCUGCAGAAGCUGGACAACCAGACCGUCACCGAAGAAGAACUGUCUCAGGCCUUGAUUGAGGGCGAGGAGAUCACGGCCGCUCCAGCCAGGCAGGCCUCUGAGAACGGUCAUCCUGAACUCUCCGGUGAGCUGAGCACCAUCGACACAUCUGCAGACACAGAGAGCGACCUUCUGACUGACAGCAUGGAGGAGACCAACAAAAUCCGGGAGCAGUUGGGCAUGAGGCCCCUCUCCAGGGACCGAUUUUCCUCCUUCUCCCCAAGAGCAUCAGUCAGUACCCGAAAGAAGAGAGUGAGUGUGUCUGGGAGCGCUCUCCCAUGUACCCAGUGCGAGGACCAGCCUGUGGGAGUCCCAGGGCUCCCCACUUAUCCGGAGGCUGGACUUCUGGCAGCGCCCCUUGAAAACAACAUCCUGAAUGCUGUCCUGUUGCUUCUGAAGGAAUUGGAUGCUAAGGGACUGGACAUUGUUCAACAGACAGUUGGCCACCGACUCCAGGCCCUUCGGAAACCAGAGCUGCCCGAGGAACGCUAGGGCCCUGGCCCACUGUGUCCACCUGAAGGUCAUCCGCUACAGCCCAACCCUGGCCAAACCAGGAGAGGCCGGGGCAAUGCUGUCUUGGACAGAUCUAAGGGGCUGGGAAGCCUUUGGCUUUUGGUCAGGCCGUGCAGUCUGUCAUGUGGCGGCUCCCCACUCAGGUGGUCAGCGCCUCAAGGGGACAGGCUACAGCAGGCAGAGAGAGGAGGCUCUGAGUCUCUCCGAGGCCAUGUUUCCAGAGCUUACUCUAGUAUUUGGGGUCUGCAUCAAUGUAUUGGCCAGGCUGUGAAAAGCUGUCAGUUUUAAAUCUUAGCUUUCCCAUCUGGUGAUGGUAGCCUCAAAGGCCAUUUUCACUUAUGAAGCAUUUUUCCAAAGUCCAAUCUUCCAAUAAGACAUUUUCUAAAUGACAGGAAUUGUUUCAAAAGUGUCCUUGCAUUCAACAUAGCCUUGCCCAUCCCGUGAGACUGGAGAGACCCACAGCAUGGCCCCCUCAGAGCCAAGCUUCUAGGGAGAAUUCCGGUCGCAGGGUUUCAACUGAGCCCCCUCCAGGCACUUGAGGAAGAGUCCAGUGGCCUCCUCUCUCUUCAGUCAUGUGCACCAGCCCAUCCAGCUGGGCUGACCAGAAGAGCAGCAGCAUCCUCAGCAACAGGCCUCCAAGAUCUCUUGGAAUCCACAUGCCUACAGGCCACAAAGAAGGAAGAAAGAGGGGUCUUGCUGUUCAGCACCAAAGACAUUUCCCUUUGCCAGAAAGUAUGAAGCUCCCAGAGGGUUGGGGUCCAUCUUGAUGAAAAGUCUGUCCUCCAGAUGAAGGGCCCCCAGUGAGAGUCUGACAGGGUUUGCUGCCCAAUUACUGGGGGCUUUGGAUUGGAUCGAAUGUGGAGGCCUCAAGGGGAAUUCUUUCAGAUUGUUUAGUUGUGACCAUGAAUUUGAUGGGCAUGGUCAUUCACAGUGGGCCACAGAAGAGCCGCAGCAGCACUGGUGGCACGUGGCCAUCUGUUGGAAUGUCUGGCCCUUAGAUUGUCUGGGAAAGGGCCACCUUGGUGGGGCAGGAGUCAGGGGGCUUACUGCUUGUCCUUUCUUUAGGCUUCCGCCUACAGUCGUCUGGAUCUUAGUCAAAUAAACCAUUUUUCAAAAUAGCGGAUGGGUGGUUGUCAUCUGACUCAUUUUUGGCUAAGAAUACUUCCUGCAGGACUGCCCUGAGCUCAGGCUAGCCCUUCCUCACAUGAACUGUCCACCUGCCUUUCAUCCAUUCCUCAGCCAAGGGGCAUCCAUGUGACCCUGGGAUUAAGUCUGAAGACAGAAGAAAGAAAGCUCUCCUCAGAAAAUCAGCAUGGUCGUGUGAAUGAACAUCCGACCUUGCCAGUCAACUUCUUGAUACCAUGCCAGAAGACAAGGGCCAUCUUUGGGAAGGGUGACCAGUUAACCACAGUGGGCCAACGACGCGGAAAUGCUCCUUUGUUGUAUCCACAGUAGUGAGCCCAGGUUAAUGCUGGCCGUUAACCAGGACAACGUGUAGACUCGGACCCAUUUGAGCACAUUUGUUCCAGUAACCUUGUGGAUAGAGCUAGCAAAAGGAACCAGACUGUCAUGAUUUCCUAGAUCCAAAGCUGCUUCAAUGACCAGGGCUCCCCCGUGGAGGUCAGCCCCAGGCACUGUCCUUGGCCCUCCCAGUUCUGUGUUUUUAUCAGCAGUUUGAAUAAAGGCAUUGAGCUGUAUGUUUUA